GCGAUCUGCCCGCUCGAGCAUCUCGAGCGGGACUUCUCAAACCCGCCUGACUACCUGCUCCGCCGUCUCGCCAGUUCCGAGGCGGUGACGCAUGUAGAGUCGCGGGGUGAAGUCGAACGGAUCACGGCGGUGGUCGCGCCGAACACUGUGCUGAUCGAAGAGACGAUCACCCUCCAACCGCCUCUCAGCUUUCAGGACGCCCCGCUGAGCUACGGACACGAGACCAGGCCGGAUCUCUUCUAUACCGCGGACUUGGCCGCCGACUCGACCACGCAUUUCAGACCAAUUAAGGACGACGCGGAGCUCGUGGAACACGUCAACGGGGGCAAUAACGAGAAAUACCGCGACGGGAACCGCACCGUUCGUUCCAACACCGACAGAUCAUCGUCGCCGUCACCGCCGCCGUUGCCGGCUAGAAAUCACGUUAAUAGGAUCUGCGUGAAUCAAGCGCGGAUGAGCGAAUCUGAAAACGACGCGCAAUUUUCCGCAACGAUGCCCGUAUCUCACGACGACAGGGAACUUCCAGAUGCACCUUUGUUGCCACCAAAGCCGUUGCCGAGGAAGGACGUGAAGGCCAGACGGAAGAGGCCACCUCCGCCGCCUCCGCCGCCGAGUAUAACGCCGCGAAGAGAAGUUAAAUCGUCCGUUGAGUCGAAUCACGGGGAGAAAGAAGAAGACAGAGAACUUCCGCAAGUCGCAGCUGUCGUUGAGCAGCUCGUUUCGCAAUCGGAAUCGUGCAAUUUGUCAUCGAGCAAGAGCGACGUUUUCGGAAAGAGUUGGGAAACCGAAAUUUCGGGUGAAAAUGUCAACGGGGAAUUGAAAAGCGAUAGCCUUGACACGGAGAAAGCGAAGAAUUCGGAAGAGGACGCGCAAAUAAACAAAGUUUUCGAAAUUAUCGAGAUCCGAGUGGCUAAAGGUUUGCAAUCCUCCGAUCAGGAGGAGAUCACGAGGAACGAAUCGGACACCACGUCCGAGACGACGAACUGCGAACAAACUGGCGUACGAAACGAAGAAAUUACAAGCAAAUCGGAUCAAUUGCAAUCGGCAAACAAUUUGGACAAAGUCUCGUCGUCGGGUCGUCAAAAUUCAGAACCGACCGAGGACAAUCGCGUUAACGAGACAAGCAACGAAACGGAAAAACAUAUAGAUUCGGAAAAUCAAAGAGAGGACGGCAGAUUGAACGAUCGGGACAUGCGCAAGGAAACGUUUUCCUCGAAAGCAAAAAAUAAUUUGUCAUCCGAGAAUUUGGCGUUUCGAGAGAGCGAGAACGACGAAACGUAUCGAUCGCUGGACGAGGUGAACGACGACAUGAGAACAUCGGAAGUGAAUCGAAUGCUGGACGACGAUGAGACCGUCGUGGAGGAAGAGGACACGAGCGACGAAAGCGACGACGGCGACUAUUACUGGCAGAGCAACCUCGCGACCAUCGGCGAGGAGGAGGAAACAACUUCCUUGGAAUAUGCAAACGCCAACACGGAUGAUCCCGGCAAACCGAAGGCAACGGAGCCGGAAGAAUCGCCUCCUGCAAUCAAAAAAGAUGCUUUGGUUAAGAGCGCGCGAGAUGACGAAGCAGAGCGCGUGAGCGAGACUGCGGAAUACACGAAAGGGGAAGAAAGCAAGAAUCUGAACAAAGACACGGUAAAUGGUAAGAUGGAGAACUGCGGAGGCGGUCAACGCCUGCCCCCGGACGGGGACGAAUUUCCAGCGGCUUACCAAGAAUUCAGCAACAACAGUAACCAGCCGCCGUACAGAUACAUCGCCGCGACUGCAAGGACGGCGACGAUAACCACGAACGGCAGCGGAUUGUGCAACGAGACCGAGUCGUUCCGCGCCGGCGAGACUUUCAAGAUGCUCGCGAACGACAGCGACGUUGUCGAUUCGAGGAGCAUUAUUCUGCCCGAUAGCAAGAUGACGUUGACAGCCGCUGAAAACGUGAGACAGGACAUAAACAAAGUCGCUCUGACGAAUAUGGAGAACGUCCGGUCGGAGAUAGGCAAGGUUACCAGUGCGGAUAACGCGCGUCAGGACGUUACCAUCACCCCGGAGGUUUCUCCGAACGAAGAUAGAAAACCGUCGUAUCACACCGCGGACGAUAUCGCGAAGAAAAACGCUUCCGUCGUCGCGGAAGGUUCUCUCUAUACCUGUCCGACGACCAACAGCAAUCUAGUGACGAGCGAGAAAAAGAUGGAAAUCGCCGGAUAUCAUCACAAGGACGUGGCAACGAUCGAAGAAGUGCCAAGCCACGUGGAAAAGGACACGCCUAUUGAGGCCCCGCCGCCUCUGCCAUUGACAGGUCCGCCCAAGAUGGAUCAAACGAUUUUGCACGCCAGAAACGUUCCUACGACGGAAUCGCCGCAGAGAAAGUUUUCGCUAAACGGCGAUCUCUGGAGACAGGACGACAAGUCCGAGCGCUCCGUGCGAGACAAAAUCGCCAUGUUUUCGUCGCAAAGCAAUCUGGACGCGCCGUUAUUCCCGAACCCCAUAACAGCCGUGGCGGCCGCGAACAACGGCAACAAGCGCCUCUCUAAGUACAAGUCUUCCGAGGACGUUUGCUGCAACGAGAAGAGCAACGGACAGAAGGAGCGGCCGUCCUUCCUCGCCGACAGGACGCAGAGCUCCUUCGAUCUCACCGAUUCGAGCAGAGUCGCGACGAAGCACAGUCCGAGAACGCCGGGCUUGUCCCAAACCGGUCAGCCAGCACUCCCGAGUCCGAUCGCGCAGACCCCGCGUGUUCCGAAGACGCUGCCAAUCGUACCGCCGAAAAUCACGUCCACUCCGUUGUCGCCUUCAUACGACAAGCAAACGAUCUUCUCGAAGAGCUACACUUGCGCGAACGUCGUUGACAAAUUGCAAAAUAUCGCAUAUCCAAACGUCGCGAAAAGUUCCGUCGCGAGUAACAAUUCCGGCAGCUCCGUGAAGAGCUUGGAAAUGAGUCCGUCUUCGUUGGCGCGAGCCACCAGUUUUUCGGGAUCGACGAUCUACGCGCAGGAUCGAGACUCUCUGACAGAUUCGAUCGGCAAUUCGCAAAUCACGAGAACGAAUUCGUUGGCGUCAACCUUCAGACGGCCCGGCGAGGACGCGAGAAGAAGCAGUCUGAAUCAGUUGAUCGAGCAGAGACGAAGAUCGAUAUCGAAACUGCGCGGUUUGGUCAUUCCGGAAAAGGACGCCGUGUCGAUCGAUCAGCCCAUCGUCGAUUUGCCGGAAAUUAAGUCGCGAGAUUUGAUACCGUUGCAUCAGAUAUCGAAAGCAAAUAUUCAGGACAAAUGGGGAUCUCAAAGUUCCUUGGCCAGCAACGCCAGCACGGCGAGCCAGCCCUUGAAGGCGACAACGUCCUUCAAGAUGCCAGCGCCUCAGAUACAUCCGAAAUAUUCCCCGGCUUUCAAGAGAAAAUCCCUCACGGUUUACAGCACUUCCGGGACAACGAGCUCGUCGAUAAACGGCAACACCUUGAUCAAGAACCAACCAACACCCACGUCAUCGGAACCGCCGAAAAGUCUGGAGAGCAUCUGCAGCCCGACGAGAAGCGACUACAGCUUCGAGUUCGCGUCGACGACCAGCUCGCCCGACGGUUCGCGCGCCAGACCGCGAAUGAUGCAGAGAAACAAAGCCCGUUUAGACUACGACGAUUCCGACAACGACUCGGCUGUGAGCAGCUCUCAGAGUAGCAUCUCUCGCGGCUUCAGUCCGCCAAUGUCGCCGGUACCGUCGGAGAGAUCCACCAUCUCGUCCGAGAGAUCGUACGUGUCUACGGAACUGAACUACCAACGUCGGCCUCUGAUCGCGGACAGUUUGACGAGAACUUCGAUCAUAGGAGCCGUCAGAGAAUCCUCCGUCGACAAGGAGCAGUUCGGCACCCGGAUCGGCAUCCUCGGGGAACGAACGUACUUGGCCGAGCGAUCCUCGUCCAGCAGCAGCAGUUCCGAUCCGCGCUCGCCGCAGCCGAACGAGAUGAUCGCGAGGAACUCGCAGAUACCCCAGAGACAGCUGAGACGAUCGAACAGCACCGACACAAAUUGCAGCACGUCCUCAACGCUGACUUCGGGAUCCCAAGCCAGCGCCGAGUCUUUAUCGCGAAGAGUGCUGAAGCCGCAAAGCGUGGAAGCGAUCAAUCGAAAGAACAUCCUGGCGAGCGCGAGAUGUCGAAGCGGUCGGGAUCUGAACGGGUCGCCGUUGAUUCAACGCAAGUUCCCGGAUAAUGACGACGCCGCGGCAGCUAUUGAGAACGGCGCCAUUCAGCAGAUAGUCAAUAACCCCGGUAGUGAUCCCACGAGCAAACAGGAGAUCAAGGUGGCUUACAUAGAAGUCGCGGAUCCUUUCGCGGAGAAUGAGGAGUCGUUUCGAAAGAAGGGGGAGGAACCUAAGCUGCCGCCUAAAAGAAGCGCGCUCCCGCCGGCGGUCAGACCGCCCAAAUCCGAGAUGCUGGAGCCGUCAAACGAUCUGAAGAUGUGGGUGCGAGCGGAGGCGAAGAAUCUGGCGCGGGUCGCGGAGGAAAAGUCCGCCAACAAAUACAACAAACGUUCGCCCAUCGUUGCUCUGGAAACGUCGUCUACGAUUCACGCGACAAGAGGCGGUCGUGGUUCCGUGUUCGACGAAGCCGUUAAUACCGCGAACGGCAGUUUGUUGGCUCCGCGAAACGCGAUAACAUCCGGAGAAAGAAAAUCAGCCGCGACGGAAAUCUCGAAGCCGCAGAACCGAGCGCAGAGUUCGACUCCCAGAAAAAACACGACGGAAGAGCAAAACGAUUUGUUGACUAUCUUGACGACCAAGAGCCGGUCCAGAUCGGCCAUACACGUCGACGAAGGAACUUUCGGCAGAUCGAAGAGUCAAAUGAGCUUGGAGGACAUUCUGGGAGCUAAAUCCGAUUCUAAGUUGCUCCGUGCGCAAAGUAUGGAACCGAAGAUCGAGAAGAUCAGCGCGACGAGCUCGUCGGUGAAAUCUACUUGGGAUUCGAGAGAGAAUCGAUACGGCAGACGGGGUUCCGCCACGUCGAACGAGUCCUGGUCGGAAGACAGGCCGUUUGUUUCGAAAAUACCGACUUUGGGAAAGACCAAGCUCGUCGACAGCGGCGACGAGAUGUUGGAGAACGUUGAGAGAACGAAAAGCGCGACUCUAUCGAAAAUUCCGACGUCGCGCGGACUGAAUCGACGUAGCGCCAGCGUCACGGACAUGAAGAGGGCCCUGGAGAAGGUGGACAACAGUCCGGCGCAAAAUAAUUCGCAUCAUAACGUCAUCGUUGGCGGCGGCGCCGCUCACAACCGAUUUCCGAGUCUCGACAGCAGCGUGGACGAGAACACCAGCACGGAAACGGACACCGAGAGAAAUUGCUACGGCGAGCAAUUCGGCAGCAUCAGCUCGCUAGCGAGCAGUACCAGUCUGAUCUCGCAGCAGGAACUGGCGCAGUUGGUGGAGGAGGCGAGUUUGGAGGACACGCGUGGAGCUCACGACGUCAUAGUCGCUUUGCUGCACAAGGAGAACCCGACCGGCAGCGUCGGCAUCACGCUGGCGGGCGGCGCGGACUGCGAGGUGAAGGAGAUCACGGUUCACCGAGUGCUGUCGCACUCGGUCGCCGACAAGGACGGCCGGGUACAGCGUGGAGACCGGGUGCUCAGCAUAAACGGUCGCAGCACGCGCGGUCUCACGCACAGGGAGAGCAUGGCGGUGUUGAAGCAACCGAGAUCGGAGGUUGUGCUGGUGGUGUCGCGCGCCAGAACGGCGGACGAGGGCUGCAGGCUGAGGUCGCGAACCGCGAGCGUCGAAACCAUUGUCGAAGGGUUGGAGACGAACGCGGACGAUACAGCUUGGGGACCGCCGUCGGUCGUCGCGGUUCACAAGGACGGGAUCAAUCUGGGAUUUAGCCUGGAAGGAGGCAGGGACAGCCCUCUCGGAGACAGACCUCUGAUUAUCAAGAAGAUAUUCACCGGAAGUGCUACCGAGAAGACGGGCGCGUUAAAAGCCGGUGAUCUCCUGCUCGAAGUGAACGGCAACGAUGUGACACGAAUGUCCAGAAUAGAAGCGUGGUCUUUCAUGAAGAAACUACACAACGGUGAGGUGAAUCUCCUAGUCAGGCAUCCUGCCACUAAAUCAUCGUGAAGAAGCAACAAAUUCGCGAUAAAAAAAAAAAGCCUGAAUGCAGGAAUGUGCCAAGCAAGCGACUGGACUGGCUUUACGAUCGAUAUUUGUUGAAUAGACGUAGUAAGGUGUGUUAUAUAUAUAUAUAUAUAUACAUAUAUAUGUUUUGUUGUUUCAAUAAAUCUCAGAUCACAGCGGGUUUGCGUUGUCGCAAAAUGAGAGACAUUUACAGUGUCUCGCUGAAAGUUACAAGAUAUAUCGUUACUCAAUUGAAGUAAAUUGUUAUUUCGGCAAAUUAGAAAAGUAAUCAAAAACAUUUUUUUAACAUCUAGACUAGUUUUGAAUAGUUCUGUCGUAAAAAAUCGACAGAUAAAUAAUCAAUUAGCGAAAAAUAAAAUGAGAAAAAAAAGAUACAUUCGUAAUUUAUCGUUCUGUGCCUUUUGAUCGGAUACGCCUUAUAGAUAUGCGUAUUACAUUUUUAGCAAAUACGUAAUCUUGUAUGCAAAUAUACAUACAUAUUUUUUUCUCAGUAAAAUAGAAUAUUUUUUAAUGUAAAGUUUUGCAAUCGAACGCAAUUGAACAUUUUUCAUAGAAACAGAAUAUGUGAUAAAAAAAAAAAAAAAA